UCAUAUCUCGGAAAAUGGACGAGGUCUUCAGCCUGCACAUGGAGAAAUUGGACGUGUACGACGUUCUCCUUUUGGCCGGCAUUCUCUCCGUGAUAAUUCUAAUAUGUAUUUAG